UAUUGACUUUCGAAAAUAUGAGGUUGCCGGAGAUGGAAUCAACGGCGUCGGCGAUCGGAGUAUCGAUUCCGGUGUUCCGUUUCUUACUCUGUUUCGUGGGCACUUUUCCUGUGAGUUUUCUUCAUCGAUUUGUUCCUUGUGUCAGUGGUAGGCAUUUCUACGCUGCCCUAUCAGGUGCUGUUUUGUCCUAUUUGUCGUUUGGGUUCUCCUCGAAUUUGCAUUUUUUGGUGCCGAUGCUUUUGGGCUAUGCUUCAAUGGUUUUAUGUCGACAUUAUUGCGGUAUCAUCACUUUCUUCCUCGCAUUCGGAUAUCUAAUUGGAUGCCAUGUGUACUACAUGAGCGGGGAUGCAUGGAAAAAAGGAGGAAUGGAUGCUACGGGAGCUUUAAUGGUUAUUUCGCUGAAAAUAAUUUCAAGUGUGAUCAAUUACCAAGAUGGAUUAUUGAAGGAGGAAGAUUUACGUGAGGCGCAAAAGAAAAAUCGUUUGCUAAAGUUGCCAUCAUUACUUGAGUACUUUGGUUAUUGUCUCUGUUGUGGAAGUCAUUUUGCUGGUCCAGUUUAUGAAAUGAAGGAUUAUCUUGAAUGGACAGAGAAAAAUGGUAUUUGGAAACCUUCAGACAAAGGACAGCCAUCGCCUUUUGGGGCAGCGUUAAGAGCUAUUCUUCAAGCAGCUCUGUGUAUGGGAUUGUAUAUGUAUUUGGUGCCUCUUUUCCCAAUUUCCAUGUUCUUGGACCCAACGUACCAAGAAUGGGGUUUCUGGACGCGGUUGGGUUACCAAUAUAUGGCUAGCUUUACUGCACGGUGUAAAUAUUAUUUCAUAUGGUCAAUCUCGGAAGUUGCUAUCAUCAUAUCUGGCUUCGGUUUCAGUGGUUGGGCAGACAUGACUAAUCCACCAAAAGCACAAUGGGACCGUGCUAUAAAUGUCGACAUAUUGGGUGUUGAGCUUGCAAAGAGCUCAGUUCAAAUACCUCUUGUAUGGAAUAUUCAAGUUAGCACCUGGCUGAGGCACUAUGUAUAUGAGAGACUUAUACAGAAGGGAAAGAAGCCUAGUUUCAUCCAGUUGCUAGUCACACAGACUGUUAGUGCUGUAUGGCAUGGGUUAUAUCCCGGGUACAUCAUAUUCUUUGUUCAAUCUGCUUUGAUGAUUGCUGGAUCAAGAGUCAUUUAUAGAUGGCAGCAAGCUACAAGUAAUAUUCAGUUUCAGAAGACGCUGGUAUUCACGAACUUUGUAUAUACACUGCUAGUUCUCAACCACUCUGCUGUUGGAUUCAUGGUACUAAGUCUGCAUGAAACACUUACAUCUUAUGGAAGUGUAUACUAUAUUGGAACUAUUAUACCAAUUCUAGUGAUCUUGCUUGGUAAAAUGAUUCAGCCAGCAAAACCAGUAAGAUCUAAGGCAAAAAAGGAUGAAUGAGUCAGAAUCUGAUUUUUGGAAAAUUGGUUUUUAGAGUUCUUGGUGGACGAGUUAGAGCUGUUCUUCCCAUUACUUAAUUUAUUAUUUUUUUGAUUUGUAGAAAUCAUUAGUUUUGAUA